CUCAGAGUUUAAAUGCCCAGAGACUUUUACUGAGACAGAAAGCCUGACGUUGGUGAGAAGAGCAGCAGGACAGGGUGUCAGACGGAGAGAGAGCUUUGCUUCGGGAAGCUAAUCAUGAGAAAGGCUUCAAAGAAAAUCCCUGCUGCUAAUGACAAGACCACGUAAACAACUUAGCCAGCCAGCUAAUUACAGCCGAGGACAUCAGGAGUGACGGCACGUCAGGGUUCAGAGCCAAAGGAAGAGGACAGCGACUGCGGGAAAGAAGAGUCGACGCAGGACGAGGGAAAAGAAAGCGGAAAGUCUGAGCCUGGGAUCGCUCUCAAACAUGAAACCCUUCACCUGGAUCAGCUCCCUGUCCUUCCUGCUCUUCAUUUGCCCUGGAAGAGCCGAGUACAGGCAAAUCAGACAGAUCUCUGUCGGGAACCUGGCAGGUGUAUGUCGCUAUGGCAGCAGGCUGGAGUGCUGCUACGGCUGGAAGAGAAACAGCAAAGGCCGCUGUGAAGCCCAGUGUGGAUUCAGCUGCAAGCAUGGAGAGUGCGUCGGUCCAAACAAGUGCAAGUGCUUCCCAGGAUACACUGGAAAGACGUGCAGUCAAGAUUUGAACGAAUGCGGCCUGAAGCCUCGGCCGUGUGAGCACCGCUGCAUGAACACGUUCGGGAGCUACAUGUGCUACUGCCUGAACGGAUACACCCUCAUGGCCGACGGCUCCUGUGCAAACUCCAGGACGUGCGCUCUGUCUCACUGUCAGUACGGCUGUGAGGAGGUUCAGGGGGAAAUCCGCUGCCUGUGUCCCUCGUCCGGCCUGCAGCUCGGCCCAGACGGGAAAACCUGUGUGGAUAUUGACGAAUGCGUGACCGGAAAGAACCAGUGUCCAUACAACCGGCGGUGUGUCAACACCUUCGGGAGCUACUACUGCAAGUGCCAGGGGGGAUACGACCUCAAAUAUGUCGACGGCAGAUACGACUGUGUGGACGUUAACGAGUGUGUGUCCAGCACUCAUAAAUGCAGCCAUCACGCCGAGUGUAUAAACACACAGGGGUCCUACAAGUGCAAGUGCAAGCAGGGGUUCCGCGGCAGCGGGUUCGACUGCUCAGUAAAGCCUUUUUAUCGCAGCUCCUGGGACGGAGACAAAGGCAGUGCAGACAAGUUUCCUAACGUGAUCCCAGAUUCUCCCUCCAGGUCUCGCAUUCUCGGAAAGUUCGACAACACCAUCCCAGAGUCCAAAGUGACCCAACUACCCAGGCUUCUUCUGCAGCCGUUUGAUUACGAUGGAGAAGUGUACAUUGGACCUUCUGAGGAAGACAUUCGAGUUUUCCCAACACAGGACAAAGACGAGGACGAAGAGGAGGAGGAGGAGGAGGAGGAGGAGGAGGACGAUGACGACGAUGACGACGACGAUGACGACGACGAUGGUGAGAACGAUGGUGAGAACGAGGGGAACCGACUGGAUGGUGAGAAGCUCAAACCCAGAGGAGAUGUCUUCGUUCCAGAAGAGUCCGUCUACAGUUCCGAGUUUAAGGAGAUCAAUGCGGCUCCUCUACAGGAAAGACUGCUGACCGACUGUAACUUUGAUUCGGGAGCGUGUGAGUGGGUGCAGGACCAGGAUGAUGAUCUGGACUGGACCGUCCAAUACGACGAGAACGGACUGCAGUACUACAUGGCCCUCAGUGGCCUUGUGGGUAAUCGGAGGGAAAAUGCCAGGCUGCGGCUGCUCCUCACCGACCUCGUCCAGCAGGGCCCGUUCUGCCUGAAAUUCAGCUUUCGAAUCACAAGCCCGCAGGUGGGAUCCCUGCGUGUGAUGCUGGACAACAGUGACCACGCCGUGUGGGAGAAAGCACGCAGCCGUAACAAGGACUGGCAGACCGAGAGCAUCACCAUCACCUGGAGAGACAGAGCACCUGAGACGAUUAUCUUCGAGGGAACGCGUGGGAAGCUGGUCGCCGGAGAAAUUGGGCUGGACAACGUGGUGCUGAUCUCAGGAAUCUGUCAGGACGACGAAGCCGUGAUCUUUUAGAGGAGAAACGAGCGCCGGAGCAGAGAGAACGUGCCGGAACGCCGGGUACUGGCACUCAGUGUGAUAAAACGGUGCUUCUUCGUGUGUUGGUGUGUAUUUUUCUGAGCUUUGUCCUUUAGCGGUGCUCGGCGUGGAGAACCAGGUGUUCUGUGACGACCGAACCCGCCUGAGCAGCGUUCCGCUGCCGCUCAGCGCUCAGAGACACUAAGCAGUAAAAGUACUGAGGCCUUCAUGAAAAGCUUGCUGUGAUAAAUUAAUCUGCAAUAUUAAUUAAUCAGCGUUAUUCUUCACUCACCCUAAAGGUAAAUAUCCACUGUUUGUAAACUGUAAAAUUAUAGCUGCUGUAAAUUUUGCCUUCACACAUUAAAACUUUGUUGCUGUUUUUUAAAA